AUGGCUUCGGUUGAUAGUGUUGGCGAAAGCGAACUUAAGAAAGAGUCAGAAAAGCUUCGUGCCAAAUACCCUGGUUUGGUUAACAAUGCAUCAUCGUUGUUACAUCGACGUCUGAGUAAAAACGUGAAAUAUUUCGAUUCUGGUGACUAUAAUAUGGCUAAGUCAAGGCCACUAAUAAAGGACUCACUCCCAUCGGGUAAUUUGGGUUCACCAACGGGGGAUACUAUUCCUACUGUGGAUAAUAUAUCUAUUCUACGCAAUAAAAGUAUUUCAUUACAAAACAAUACUACUGUGUCGUCACAGCCAACCACAACUACAGCUACAACACCAACAAGUAACUCACAACAACAACAACAACCGCAUGUCGCUACAUAA